AUGGACAGCCAACGCAGCAUGGAAGACGCCCAAAACGCCCUGGGGAUGAUGAUAUAUCAGAUACUGAACAAUCAAGUGCGAAAAACGUGUUUCGAGAAAUGCUUCGGUCAGAAAUUUUCUGAGCAAAUGGGGAAGAAUGAGCAAAUCUGUUUAGCCAAAUGCAUGGACCGAAUGUACGAAGCCCACACUAUUGUAACGAAGGCUUCCACAGAAAUGGCACAGAAUUUGAACAUCGACUCGAAUUAUUAA